AGCGGAGAACUACAAGGGCCUUCUGUCUGCCAUAGAAAUAAUAAGUGUGAAAAAUGUCGCUCAUCUCCGCUCGUUUGGCCUCAUCGGUGGCCAGGCGUAUUCCAAAUGCCGCUUCACAGGUAUCGAAGGUCGCAGUGCCAGCGGUAGCGGUUGCCUCACGUAAAAUUCAUGUAUCAUGUAGCCAACGGGCAGCCGAGAUCUCCACUAUCCUCGAGGAGAGGAUCCUCGGGGCCGCGCCCAAGGCUGAUUUGGAAGAAACUGGCCGUGUGUUGAGCAUUGGUGAUGGUAUUGCUCGUGUCUAUGGCUUGAAGAACAUUCAGGCUGAGGAGAUGGUGGAAUUCUCCUCAGGCCUUAAGGGAAUGGCCCUCAAUUUGGAACCCGACAAUGUUGGUGUGGUAGUGUUUGGUAAUGACAAGCUGAUUAAGGAGGGCGACAUCGUCAAACGUACUGGUGCUAUUGUAGACGUGCCUGUAGGGGAACAGCUGUUGGGUCGGGUUGUAGACGCUCUGGGUAACGCCAUCGACGGCAAAGGCCCCAUUGACACUAAGUCCCGUAUGAGAGUUGGUAUCAAGGCCCCUGGUAUCAUUCCUCGUGUGUCUGUGCGUGAGCCUAUGCAGACUGGAAUCAAGGCUGUGGACUCCCUGGUGCCCAUCGGUCGUGGUCAGCGUGAGUUGAUCAUUGGUGACCGUCAGACUGGCAAAACUGCCCUGGCCAUCGACACUAUCAUCAACCAGCAACGUUUCAACAAGGGUGAUGAUGAAAAGAAGAAGUUGUACUGCAUUUACGUCGCCAUCGGCCAGAAGAGAUCUACCGUCGCGCAGAUCGUAAAGAGGUUGACUGAUGCUGGUGCCAUCAACUACACCAUCAUUGUGUCCGCUACCGCUUCGGACGCGGCGCCUCUGCAAUACCUCGCGCCAUACUCUGGCUGCGCUAUGGGAGAAUUCUUCAGAGAUAACGGCAAACACGCCCUCAUCAUCUAUGACGAUUUGUCCAAGCAGGCUGUGGCCUACCGUCAGAUGUCUCUGUUGCUGCGUCGUCCUCCCGGUCGUGAGGCCUACCCUGGUGAUGUAUUCUACCUCCACUCUCGUCUGCUCGAGCGCGCCGCUAAGAUGUCCGACAAAAUGGGCGGUGGCUCCCUAACAGCUCUGCCUGUCAUCGAGACCCAAGCCGGUGACGUGUCCGCAUACAUUCCCACCAACGUGAUCUCCAUCACUGACGGUCAGAUCUUCUUGGAGACUGAGCUCUUCUACAAGGGUAUCCGGCCAGCGAUCAACGUAGGUCUGUCUGUGUCCCGUGUAGGAUCCGCUGCCCAGACCAAGGCUAUGAAGCAGGUGGCCGGUUCCAUGAAACUGGAAUUGGCCCAAUACCGUGAGGUAGCCGCCUUUGCCCAGUUCGGUUCAGAUUUGGACGCCGCCACACAACAGCUGUUGAACCGCGGUAUGCGUCUCACUGAGCUGCUCAAACAGGGACAAUAUGUGCCCAUGGCCAUUGAGGAACAGGUCGCCAUUAUCUACUGCGGAGUACGUGGUCACCUCGACAAACUGGACCCCACCAAGAUCACUGCUUUCGAAAAGGAAUUCACCCAACACAUCAAGACCAGUCACCAGGGUCUCCUCACCACCAUCGCUAAAGACGGCCAGAUCUCCCCAGAGUCUGACGCCGCCCUCAAGAAGAUUGUCACUGACUUCCUCGCGACCUUCACACAGCAGUGAAUGGUCUAAUAUAGACAGAAACUCAGUCUUGACAUGAGACUUUACCCAACGGUACAGUCUCAUGCCAACACUACAGUAAAACAAUAAGUCGCUAUCUAACGGAGACAUCAUUCAACUGAGCAAUGUGUCCGUUAGUGGUUUAAGCGUAGUUAUCAUUCGUAUGGACUGUAUUGAAUGUUGAUACAAUCAUGGAACGUAUUUAUCUGGAACGCAGGAGUGGUUAUAUAUA